CCAGGAGACAGGUGAGAGCGGAGAGCAAAGCCCCCACGCCCAGCUGCAAAUCCAGCUGCAAAUCGCCCUGCAUUCCGCAAGCUCCGACUUAAGUUUCGGUUUCCAGACCCUCCCUCGGGGUCAGCUUUGGUUUCUAGUUUCCUUUUCCUGCUCGGGUCCUUCCUUCAACAAAGACGUGCCAGCUCCCACCCGCGCCGCCGCAGGGGAAACGCACGCACGCGCACUCGCCUGGCCACCUGCCGACGGUCAGGGUCCCCAGGACAGAGAGCGAGGGGACGCAGAGCCUGGCCACCAUGAGUGAAAUUCCUAAGGACUCCUUGAAGGCCACCCUGCUGGAGUUAGAGUGUCAUUUUACGUGGAAUUUACUUAAGGAAGACAUUGACCUGUUUGAUGUGGAAGAUACGAUCAGGCAGCAGCUUGAGUUCCUCACCACAAAAUCCAGACUCACUCUUUACAACCUCUUGGCUUAUGUGAAACACCUCAAAGGCCAAAAUAAAGAAGCUCUAGAGUGCUUAGAACAAGCAGAAGGAAUAAUCCAGCGAGAACACGCAGACAAAAAAGACGUGCGAAGUCUGGUCACGUGGGGAAACUACGCCUGGGUGUUCUAUCACCUGGGCUGGCUCCAGGAUGCUCAGAAGUAUUUACACAAGGUGGGGAAUGUCUGCAAGAGCUUGUCCAGCCCUUCUAGCUACAAGCUGGAGUCUCCUGAGAUUGACUGUGAGAAAGGGUGGGCACUCUUGAAAUUUGGAGGCAAGUAUUACCAGAAGGCUAAAGCCACUUUUGAGAAGGCUCUGGAGGCAGACCCUGACAACCCGGAAUUUAACAUCGGCUAUGCUAUCACGGUGUAUCGGCUGGAUGACUUUGAUAGGAAAUGGUCUGUAAAGAGCUUUUCUCUGGGCCCUCUGCAGAAGGCUGUCACCUUGAACCCAGAGAACACCUACAUCAAGGUUUUCCUGGCCCUGAAACUUCAAGACGUGCAUGAAGAAGCUGAAGGGGAGAGGUACAUUGAAGAAAUCCUGGACCAGGUGUCCUCCCAGCCCUAUGUCCUUCGUUAUGCGGCUAAAUUCUACAGGAGAAAAAAUGCCUGGGACAAAGCUCUCCAACUUUUAAAAAAGGCCUUGGAGGCGACACCAACAUCUUCUUUCCUGCACCACCAGAUGGGACUUUGCUACAGGGCCCAGAUGAUCCAAAUCAAGAAGGCCACGCGCAACAGACCUAAAGGCAAGGACAAGCUGAAGGUGGACGAGCUCAUUGCAUCCGCCAUAGGCCACUUCAGAGCCGCGGUGGAACAAGAUUCCAUGUUUGUCUUUGCCUACCUGGAUCUGGCCAACAUGUACGCCGAGGGAGGCCAGUACAGCAACGCCGAAGACAUUUUCCAGAAAGCCCUUCGUCUGGAGAGCAUCACCGACGAUCACAAGCAUCAGAUCCACUACCACUAUGGCCGCUUUCAGGAGUUUCACCGUAAAUCAGAAAGCACUGCCAUCCACCAUUACUUAGAAGCCUUAAAGGUUAAAGACAGGUCAUUCCUGCACACCAAACUGACAAGUGCUCUGAAGAAACUGGCUACCAAGAGGCUGUGUCACAACGCCUUGGAUGUGCAGAGUUUAAGUGCGCUAGGCUUUGUUGCCAAGCUGGCAGGGGAGAAGAGGCAAGCCAUCUACUACUAUGAGAGGGCCCAGAAGAUAGAUCCGGAAAAUACGGAAUUCCUGGCUGCUCUCUGCGAGCUCCGGCUGUCCAUUUAAGUAUAUCUGCUAGGAAAUUAGGUCUAAGCGUUUCCUUGCCUUUUUAUUUGUUGUUUGAAUCCACGUUCAGCGUAGAGCCAGGAUUUGUUGAAUGGUUGUAGAUCACGCAUCACAAUGUCUAUACAUGUCUACAGAUACUCUGGGUACAUUAUGAUGAAUCUUUUCUACUUAAUCUUUUUUAAUUAAAAUACUGUAAUUCGUUGAGAAAUAGCAACACUCUAGCUGUCGUGAACUUUGAAAAAUGGUAUGGCCAUUAUGACUUUAGACACUUUAGCCCUGCUGUUUAUAAUAAUUUCAAUUUUUUUAUCAGAUUUCCCACAUUACUUAUGCAGUGUCUAUAAACUUUUAUAAGCCGUUGAUACCUAGGUUAAGAAUAUUCUUACAGGAGUGCACGAUUAUAUUAGUUAACCUCCUAACUGUGUAGCUUGCAAAAAUAGAACUUUCCCUUUGCAUUUGGACUUUCAUGAGGAUAUUUUAACAUCAACCUGAUAGUCACCUAAAGGAUCUUCUGUAUUGGGAAAUAAAGUUAAUAAUUAUAAAAAGUUUUGUCAUCUUUAGUGACUUCAAUAAAAGGAGAGAAAACUAGAACAAGAGAUUUAAAAAAGGAUUUCUUCACAUUUUAAGUAACAUAGAGCUUCAGGAAUCCAUGAGAAACCAGAAGUGUCAUCUCCCAACAUAUUCAUUAAGAAGUUAGAAGUAAUUAUGAGAAAAAAAACGUAACAGAAAAUCCUUAGUCUCGAGUUUCUGGUUUUUUGGUUUUAACUAAAACAAACAAACAAACAAACAAACAAACAAAAAAACACUCUCAAUGCGACUAAUUUUAUGUUUUCCAAUUAAAAUUGCAAAAUGUUUAGGUUAAAAUCAUUGAGAUAAUAGAGCAAUUGAGAAAUUGGGAGAAAUGAUAAGUAAACUAAUAAAUGUUUUCACCCUACAUUCCUAGAUUACCAAGAAUUCAAUAUAUUAGUUUCGAAUCUAGACUGAGUAGAGUUCUUCUACCCCCAAUUUUUGACCUUCGGGUAGCUGUCUUGAUACCCUCAAGUGACUUCUGUGAAGCUUUUCCUUUGGUCUGAAGUUUUAUGUUUCUUUCUUUCUUCCAUGAAGGAGAAAGACAGUCACCCACAGUAGGAUCCACCCCUGGCCUCAGCCAGCAAGGGCAUGGGCAUGCAAGCAUCUGUCUGGUAUAUGUGGGAGAUGUCAGGACGAGAACCUGGGACCUUCGGGUCCUCAGUAUCAUGAACGUUGUGUUACCACUAUACCACUGUGGCUGCCCUUCACGUCUGAAGUUUUUUGGAUGAUCAUGUGUUCCUGUAGAUCCUCCCAGAAUAGUUAAGCCCUGCUUCCAAUUUUGUCAUCUUUUAUAGCAUGAGAGACCACUGCUUAUCUCAGAGGAAUUUAACAAUGUGGCAUGUUGCUAAAUGUAGCCUGUGUGAUUAUACAGCGCACAAUUAUGUACACCUCGGUUUUAGUGGAGAGUUAUGCCAUGCGAUUGACUUCUCCAUUCUUCCAGCGUAGUUCAUAAAAUUGUUAUGUAUAUGUGUAAAUGGCUUCCUUUUUGUUAUUAUCCUUAUUUACUUAUUUCUGUUAUGGUUUUAAUUAUAAAGAUAAUGAAUUUGCAUUAUAAAAAUUGAAACAAUACACAGAGUGUGUUUCAAGUAAGAGCUCUCUCCUCACCCUAACCCAGUUUCACAUCCCCAAAGUAAACAGUUAACAAUUUCAAUAUGUGUCUUCUAGGCCUUUUAUUCUGUGCACAUGCAAACAUACAUAGGUACUGCAGUUAAUCUCAUUGAUUAAAAUUUUUUAACGUUAGGUUUUA